AGAUAAGCGCCAACUCUGCAUCGGCAGUUGAUGUUUUUGAAGCAGCGUGGUCAGUGAUCUACUGUUUUAUUCUCUUUUGCAACUGUAAAGCUGUGUUCGUCGCUGCAAACUGUUUUGUCAUCCUCUUAGCGAUAGCGGUUUUUUAUCCGGAUUUUGUUUGUAGGUUUUGUCAAGAUUCGUUUUUAGGUCUUGUAAAAUAGUGAAGAAAUUGUGUUGUAUCUUCCUCAGUGAAAAGUUUUGGCUUUUUUUAAAUAAAGAUCAAAGAUGGGUAAAGUGAGAGAGCACCAAGCUGUGAUGAAGCCAGCAAUCUGGUACACCUCGGGUUUUGUUGUGUUUCUUUUCUACCUCUACCUCAGUGCCAUACAACAAGUAAGAGGCAUACAGAUAGACUUCAGUUACCACAAUUAUGAACAGAUGACCAAGUUGCUGCAUGACAUCAGCAGGGAACAUCCAGACUUUGCACUACUCUACUCCAUAGGAAAAUCUGUGCAAGGAAGGGAAUUAUGGGUAAUGGUUUUGUCGCGUUAUCCAAAUGAAGAGCCAUUACUAAAGCCUAAUGCGAAAUUUGUCGCCAACAUGCACGGGAAUGAAGCUGUAGGACGUGAACUGAUGCUCCAUUUGAUAUCUUACUUAAUAAAUAACUAUUAUACAGACAAUUAUGUGAGAUGGCUGUUAGACACAACACGUAUUCACAUUAUGCCCUCUAUGAACCCAGACGGAUUCGAAACAGCUGUUGAAGGGCAGUGUUCUGGGGGACAGGGAAGGUAUAACUCACGAGGGUUUGACUUGAACCGAAACUUUCCUGACUUUUUCAAAACUAACAAUAAGCAACAGCAGCCAGAAACGAAAGCUGUAAGAGAUUGGUUGGAGAAAACACAGUUUGCCCUCUCAGGAAACUUGCAUGGUGGCGCUUUAGUUUCUAGUUACCCUUAUGACAACGAAGCUAACAAUAUGUUCACAACAUUUAGCACGCCUUCCUUGACGCCAGAUGACGACAUUUUCCGGCACCUUUCUUCUGUUUAUUCCUUUAACCACGAAAACAUGCAUCUUGGCAUACCUUGCAGAGAUGGCACGCCAGGUUUUCCAAAUGGAACCACAAAUGGAGCAGCCUGGUACCCGUUGACGGGAGGUAUGCAAGACUACAAUUAUGUUUAUGGUGGUACAAUGGAGGUGACCUUUGAAAUUAGUUGUUGCAAGUUUCCUAUGAAGACAGAGCUUCCAAGAUAUUGGAGAGAAAACAAGAAAGCUUUACUGCAUUUUCUCGGAGAGGUACAUAAAGGGGUGAAAGGUUUUAUCAGAGACUCUAGUAGCAAUCCAAUUUCAAAAGCAGCACUGAAGAUAAGGGGCCGUGAUAUGACGUUCUAUUCCACAGAAAGAGGAGAAUAUUGGAGACUUCUUCCUCCUGGUUCAUAUAUAAUUGAAGCGAGAGCGGAAGGGUACAAACCAGCCGAGUCUGAAUUUAUAGUGACAUCCCAAGAAGUUACAAUACAAAAUGUCACCAUGUACCCGACGAGAGUGGUAAGUGACCAGUCACAAGCUUCAUCUGAAGGACCUUGGGAAAAGCAUUUGGAAAUAGGUCAGGACAUGAUUGGGCCAACGGCUGAAUCGAUGGCCAAUGGGGAGAGUAGCACUUUUGAAUCACAGGAUUCACUGCACGAGAAACUUUCUGAAUCGUCAGGCAAAUCCUCGGGAUAUCUUGAAAACGAAUACGAAGAGCUUUUAGGCAACGGUAUUCCCAAAGAACAGGAACUAAGCGAUUCAAAUAUGACUGACUUCUCGCUUCAGCCUAAUGCCGAUGCAGUUUCCAGAGGCAGUGAAAGCACUUUCUGCUCGGUUUGUCAUUUUGCCACCUUGGCGAUGUUAGCGCGAAUUUGGCGACCUCGACUUUAAUGAAAAAUUGAGAUUUAAAAGUUUCAAUGAGAGUUUGGAAAAAUGCCGUAACUGGGGAGUGGAUCCUUAGACAUUCCCUUGUUUAAUGCUCAUAAGUCAGACGUAUAACUGAAAGUGAUACUAAGUCAGUUUUAAUAUUUCGUAUUUAAUUAAAUUAAUCUUUUGUUUUGAGAUAAAUAUUUGUCUUUUUUAAUCUACAUCUCUUCAAUCUUAGUCAUCCACACUCGAUUGAAUUUUAAUUUACUAUUUUUUAUAUAUUUUUCUUAUUUUGUUUGUUUACUAUUUAUGUGUUGGUCGUCACAUCAGUUUUUGAUAUAUUUCAUCAGGAUAUAUAAAUAUAUGAAUGCGUGGACAUGACGGUGCAUAUGUUUUUGUAAAUAUAAAACUUGUUCUUCCAUUUGCACUAGUUCAUGAACUGAAGGAAAGGAUGAUUUUUUUUUUCAAAUAAUCAAUUUAUUGUUGCAUCAUGCUUGAAAAUAUUCAGAUAUUCCAAUGUGUCAUUUUAAUACUAUUAUAUGACUCCAUUUUUAAGAAUAUUCAACAGAUACAAUAUGUAUAAAUAUUCAGCUACAUAUUUAGAUAAGACAAUUAUUCUAUUCACUAGGAAAUAAAUUGCAGUCGUUGCUUAUUGAAGGAAAUUUAUGAAA